AUGGAGACCAUUACCAACUUUCUCUCAAAUUCCCUCUUUCGGUACCCACGGCGGAAGACCCCAGAAGUGAUAGGCCUCCACAUAACGAUGUCACCAGCAUGCUCUCAUGCCGUGGGGCUGCCUGAAAUUGUGGCUGCUAUUCUGGAGCAGCUGGACAAUGCCAAAGCUCUGUUCGCAGCUCUGCAGGUCAAUAAGCUGUGGGCAGAUGAAGCCACGACACUGCUAUGGCGUGUGGACCCUCCAAUUCUGGCUCUCGCCCGCAUCGAAGACGCCGAAAGGCUCCAAUACUACGCAGACAAGAUAUCGUCCCUGUAUCUUCGGUACUUUGAGAAUGAGGAUGAUGCAUACAAAAAUCAAAUGAAGUUACGGUCCCUACGGUUUCCACGCUUGAACCGAUUACGGACGGAACAACCGGGCGGCAAGGACGAGCAAGUAUUCUUGAAAUACCUACAGCCCAACUUACGGACGUUUGAACCAUGCGGAUUGCCCAUGUCAAAGUUCUUAAUGGAGCAGAUACAAGAACGAUGUCCUGCUCUUCGAAGUCUGUGGAUAGACAACCAGCACGGCCGGUGUACCACAGAUGACCUUCUGCAAUUCUUGAAUGGUAUGCCUUCUCUGACAAGUAUUUGUCUUAUUGACAGCAGGGAAGAGAUCAUAUCUGACGAGGUGUUUGUUCACCUCGCUUCACGACCAAAUCUGGCCGCACUCUGCUUAUACCCAGUUCUGAAGCUGAGCUUCAUCAACGGGAUGCAAGAUAUGGUAGACCAGCCGUUGCCCGAGCUUGUCUACCUGCGAUGCUGGUCGGAGAGCAAAGCCUUCAGUCAACUCAGCCAUUAUCUAACCAGCCUCACGGAUUUGGACCUGCGCUUGGUUGACGCCGCUAGCAAGACAGUAUUCGACAUCUGCUCAUGUACCAGUCUCGUCAAUCUUUCGCUUGACUUUGAUUACCCUCACUUUGAUGCGAAGUCUAACUUUCCCCCAGAAUGUCUCCUCGCACUUGCCAAAAGCUGCCCACAAUUGCAAGAUCUCAAAGUGAUGCACAGUCGGCUUUGCGAAGUGGAUGGUGGUGAUACCACCAAUAUCACCGACGACGUAAUUCAAGACUUCGUAACCUUGCUUCCCGGAUUGAGCUGCCUCAACCUCACACCCAAAACAAGUCUUACGUACCGAGCAUUAGAAAUCCUUGGAAAUGGUUGCGCCAAUUUGAAAGAAUGUCGUUUUGAAGGGAAGUCUUUCAACCUGCGGCUACUUGAAAGUAAUGGUCCUGUGCUUUUUCCGCAGCUUGAGUUCCUAGCGCUCAAGCCUACCGAAGAAGGCCUUUCAGCAGCUAUGGCUAUAGAGAGAUUUCUCCACCAUGCACCACGCAUAAAUGUGUUGGCACUUGCAAAUUCGCAUUGGGACGCUAGAGACGCAUGA